GUCCCCCCCCUCUUCCUUGCACCAGUUCAUUCAUAAAAAUAGUAGCUAAAGCAACCCCAUCCUCCCUCCCUCGAAUCUUAAUUUGUUUUCGAAAAACCCCUCCGAAGAAACAAAAUUAAUUUUAUACCGAUGGCAUGGAGCGGUCCAAAAGACACGUCCAAGAAGCUAUGGCGCAUCGUGAGAUCCAUCUACCAGAUGUUCCGGAGGGGCAUCAUAAGAGCGGUGGACCUCCACCUCCUCCUCCAACGUGGCAAGAUCGCCGGCAAGGCUCUCGGCGACCUCCUCGCCUCCCACCACCACCACCACACCACCUCCGGCGGCACCAGCUACCCCUCCGCCUUCUCGUGCCGGUCGAUGGACGUCAACACCGCCUUCUACUCCCCAAAAGAGAUCCAAUUCAGCUGCAGUGAUACUCCUUCUCAUCCAUUCCUCUAUUCCGCUAAACGAAGGAACCGCCGCCACCGCGACUACUACUAUAACUACAAGGUGGCUGCCAUCGCCAAGGCUUUUGAGAUUCUAAACUCAGAGGUAUUGGAAACGGAUGUUGCGGUGGCAUCGCCAUCGCCGGCGUCGGAGUGGAGUUAUGGGAAGAGCCCGGUGGUGGUGCGGCAGCUGAGGGUGACGGAUUCGCCGUUCCCGACAAGGGAGGAGGAGGAGGAGGUGGAUGGCCGAAUUGAUAGCGAGGCGGAGGAGUUCAUCCGCCGGUUCUACGAGCAGCUCCGGCUGCAGCAGUGCGUCAGUUCCGGUGUGGUCACCGGAGGGAGGCAGUGGUAGGCCGAGCCUGAGUCAGAUGGUGGUGGGUCGUGUCACCAUGGUUACGGGGGUUGGGUUGUUGUCAAUAAUUAAAUCGGUGUAUUGUAUGUACUGUUUCUGUCUUCAAUUCUCUUGGUAUUUAUCAUUACGUUCUUGCGGGUA